AUGCCUAACUCCCCUCAGAUGUCAUGCUGGCAGGUCCUAGCAACCAAGAAAAAGCUCCUGAUAUCCUGCGUUUUGGGCCUCUUCUUCCUUGCCAUCGGGACGGACCUCCGAGCAGAGCUCAGAGCUGGACAAAACCAGAAGAUAUCCAAGCGCAACACCACCAGCAAUACCAACAUCUGGCAGCCGACAGCUGGAGUAAAAUGGCAAAUCCAACUCAUCAACGCCGUCUCAGACACCACCGUCAACGCCGACAUCUGGGACAUCGACCUCUUCGACAACACCGCCGACACAAUAACCACUCUCAAGUCCAAAGGCCACAAAGUCAUCUGCUAUUUCUCAGCCGGUACAUACGAAGACUGGCGUCCAGACAUCAGCAAAUUCGACACAGCAGAUCUCGGUAACAACCUCGACGAAUGGCCCGGUGAACGCUGGCUGAAUAUCAAAUCGGACAAGGUCCGAGCUAUCAUGACCUCGCGACUCGAUAUGGCAAAGGCUAAGGGCUGCGAUGGGGUUGACCCGGAUAAUAUUGAUGCGUAUGGGAAUUCGAACGGUCUUGGUUUGACUGAGGGUGAUUCGAUUGAUUUUUUGAAAUUUCUGGCGAGGGAGUCGCAUUCCAGGGGUAUGGCAAUUGGUUUGAAGAAUGGGGGUGAUAUUAUUGGAUCUGUCAUUGAGAUUAUGCAGUGGUCGGUUAAUGAGCAGUGUGCGGAGUUUAAGGAGUGUGGGGUUUAUGCUGCUUUUACGGAGGUUGAUAAGCCGGUUUUUCAUAUUGAGUAUUCGAAGGAGAUUAUUGAGGUUGAGGGGUCUGGUGGUAGUGGCACGGAUAUCGAGGAUAUCGACACUGGCUCUGUUGCAACCAGUGUAGAUGUCGAUGUUACCAAGAUUGAUAGUUCCGCCGACACGGGCAUUGACACCAAUGUUGAUAAUGAAGACAAGGACGACGAAGCUGAUGAGGAGGAUGAUAAAGAAGACGAAUACGACGCUACCGCCGCUGUCACAAGAAGAAAACCCCACCGAUACGGGCAUGGUCACCAGAAACUCCGUGCCAGAGCUGUUCUCUCCUCCACCCUGAAGACAUCAGCAUGCAAUGCCGCCAACGCUGACAAGUUCUCGACUGUCAUCAAGAACAUGAACCUUGAUGCCUGGGUUGAAUAUUGCUAG